AUGGGUGCUCUUGACGAUCUCUCAGAUUACCUCUCUGACUUAUUUACAGUUGCCAAGAGGAAGAGGAAGAGAAAACCAAUGCAGACAGUUGAUAUCAAAGUGAAAAUGGACUGUGAUGGCUGUGAACGGAGGGUUAAACAUUCUGUUUCCUCCAUGAAAGGGGUUAAAUCAGUAGAUGUGAACCGAAAGCAAAGCCGGGUAACAGUCAAUGGAUAUGUUGAGCCAAACAAGGUCUUAAAGAGGGUGAAGAGCACAGGAAAGAGAGCUGAGUUUUGGCCAUAUGUCCCAUACAAUUUGGUGGCUUAUCCUUAUGUUGCUCAAGCCUAUGAUAAGAAAGCACCUCCAGGCUAUGUGAGGAAUGUGGCUCAAGCAGUUCCUGGCCCCAACGCACCAGAUGAACAAUUUACAUCUAUGUUUAGUGAUGAAAACCCUAAUGCAUGUUCCAUUAUGUAG